UACUCACUCGGUUCGUAUUCACCAGCAACGUCGUUUUCCCAACACGAGUUUUAACUGCUUAAUGAAACGUUCACGUUAGAAGAAACCGGAGUAGGUGAACGGCCGGCAAUUAUUUUCACGGGAUAGCCGGUGAGUCGUGAGUGGUGACUGGUGCCUGGUGGCACGGGAUCUCAGUUGAAUUAUCGUCGGCGAAAUCGACGAUUUCGGGAGCAGUAGAGAUAACGUCCAAACACAACUGUCUUGAUAUAUAUUGUUAUUAUUAGAUAUUGUUAUUUGUUAUUAUUAUUAUUGUUAUUACCGUUAAUUGGUUGAUUUUUCAUAGCACCUAAAAUAGAUACGGAAUUCCUACAUUUUCAGUUUCGAUUUUCGACUGUUACCUUUUUGGCUAUCUUGUUUCGAGGUUAUGUGAUUUCCGUUCGAAUGGCACUCAGAAGUUCAGUAAGCUGGUUGCUAGCGCGGCGAUUCACGUUUUUCCUCCAGUGGAUAUGUUCGUUGUUAUCACCGAUUAUCACUAAUAUUUUGUUAUCAACGUCUUAUCAAUCUUUUCCACUUUUGUAAAUAAGUUUACCAGAUAUUUUCACGUGAUGGUCGAUCAAUUAAUGAGUUCGAAUUUUUGUCUAGUUCUUUUGUGAUUUUAUAUUUAUUUUACACCAAUAAUGAAUAAAAACGUUGCUUCUACGGUACACAAAAACGCCAACGGUGCUAACAAUUGGAUAAAGUUCAUAAACGCUUCACCGCCACCAACUACUAACUUAAGUAACCCUGUUGUCCAGGUAAAUUUAAUAUUUGUUGUUAUAGUUGCUGAUUGUGCUGCGUAAAAAAAAAAUAUUCACAUAACAUGUUGAUUUAAUAUUUUUAGAAACAUGAGAAAAAAGAAAUUGAAGUUGUUGCAAUUGAUUGUGAAAUGGUCGGCAUACAACCUGAUGGCCAAAGAAAUAUGUUGGCUCGUGUGUCAAUUGUAAAUUCUAAAGGUGAAACUAUUUAUGAUAAAUUUGUUAAACCUACAGAAAAAGUUAUUGAUUACCGAACACCUGUUAGUGGUAUUAGACCUGAAGACAUUGAAAAUGGUGAAACCUUUGUUACAGUUAAAAGAGAAGUCAGUGUGAUACUUAAAAAUAAGCUAUUAGUUGGUCAUGCAAUUGAACAUGACUUAAGAGUGUUAAAAAUUUCACACCCUAAACAUAUGAUUAGAGAUACAUCAACUUAUUGGAAAUUUAAGCAACUCACAGAAGGCCGAACACCUGGUCUAAAACGAUUGACAUUACAUUUUCUCGGUGCCAACAUACAGGAAGGUGAACAUAGCUCUGUUCAAGAUGCUAAAGCUGCACUACAGUUGUAUAUGUUGGCACGAAAAGAUUGGGAAUUAAUUUUAAAAAAGAGAAGGAGCCGUCCAAGAAAUGGAAAUAAAAGUGGACCUCAGCAAAGACGUAAUAGAUAAAUAAAUAAAAGUAAAUGAUUUGAAUGUUUUUUUUUUUUUUUCUGUUCAAUAAUAAUCUUUUAAUUUGUAUUAUGAUAAGACUGCUAUUGAGAUUUAUCUACUUUUAUAAAAGUAUGUAAAAUAUAAUUUUACCUGAUUUUUCAUGAUAAUGUUUAAAUGUUACAUUUAAUUUGUUUAUUAAUUUUAAUACCAUAUAUUUCAAUCUGAAGAUGAUUUAUAUUUAUUUAAAAUUUAUGUACAGAAUGUGUUCAAAUAAUGUCAUAAAUAGUUCAGGAAUUGCUAAUUAUAUACAUAAUUAGAAAAAUUAAUACAUUUUUAAUUUACUUAGUCACUUUUUAUAUGACCACGACAAAAUAGGUAGGCUAUAAUAUAUUGGGAAAUCACCAAGAACAUGUGUAUGUACUGUUAAAUAUAAGAACAAUCAUUAACAAUUAAGAUGAACUUUUAAAACUAAUAAUAAUGUAUUAUAAAACAAAUGAACCUAUGUAAAACAGAAUAAUAUAAAUUUGAAUAUCUUUAUAAGAGAUUUGUUAUAUUUCAGGACUUGUAACCAAAGGAAAUUAUAUAAAUAAAAAAAUUAUAAUUUGUAAGACAGCUAGUAUUUAGAGUUAAUAUAAUAGUGGUAGGUUAGGUUAUUGGAAAAACAAAAUAUUGGAAGAUCAUUUUGCUGAAAUUACAGAUAUAGAUCAUAGAAUAAUAUUACUCUAUAUUGUAACAUAUCUCACUGUAGACUACUUUCCUCUACUAUUAUCAUUUAAAUGAUAAUAGUUGACAUCUGGGCCAUAGAGUUACUCUAUGAUAUGGAUGCCAUUAAACUAUGUUAUCACAAAAUUCCCUAAAACUUUACUCCAUAUUUUUCCAGAAUAAAAAUAUUUAUGAGAAAUUGUAUUCUGUAUAAUUUGGUCACAGAAAAAAAUUUAAAGAAAAUGUUAAUCGCUCAUUGUGUUCAUAGAUUCUAAAAAAGACCAGUUUAUUUAUAUGUUAUCUGUAAAAAAGUAUUAUCUAAAGUAGAUGGGUCCAUGCCAAUUAUAUAGUCUAUUAAGUCUUUAAUUUGAACUUUCCAAAUAAUGACUGUUCUUUGUUUUGGAUGUUCAAACAAUUAACUAUGCAAAGGAAUGAUUGGUCGGAAGAACUAAUUUCCAAUGUUUUAUGCACAUUUAAAAUGUAUCUUCAAACAUAUAGCUGUAUAUAUAUUUAUGAACAUAUUGGUGUUGAUUUGUAUGAUAUACACAAUUAUAUUUAUACAAAUUUCGAACUUUUUCAAAUUAAAUAGCUUAUUUUAAAAUGAAUAACUUGGAAUUGAGUAAUGUCAAUUUGACUAGUUUAUUCUCAUGUCCUUAACUAUAUAAAUUUAAAAACUUACUUUCAGGGAUGCAUGAAUUCAAAAAUCAAUUAUUUUUUUAAAAUAUAACAAUCGAAAUAAUAAUGUAAUUUAUUAACUAUAAAUCUGAAUUUCAAAUUUUUUUCCAAUACACAAAAGUAAAAUUAUUAAAUAAUUUAUAACCUAAAUAUAACUAAAUUACUUAUUUUGGUCCCAACAUAUCUUCUGGUUUGACCCAUUUAUCAAAUUCUUCUUCAGUUAAAUAUCCAAGUUUUAAUGCAGAUUCUUUGAGUGUAGAUCCAUCUUUAUGGGCAGUUUUAGCAAUUUUAGCAGCCUAAAAUCAAAGUUAAUUAACAUUUAGAAAUGAAGAAAAUUUGAAAUUUAAUUUAAUAGAUAUAUAACUUACUUUAUCAUAACCAAUAUGUGGAUUCAAUGCAGUAACCAACAUAAGAGAAUUUUUUAAGAGAUGAGAAAUUCUGUCUUUAUUAGCUUCGAUUCCAACAACACAAUUGUCUGUAAACGACAUGCAGCUGUCUGCCAAAAGUCUAGUAGAUCUCAGUACAUUAGACACAAUCAUAGGUUUGAAAACAUUUAGCUCAAAAUGACCAUUACUGCCCCCAACUGUUACAGCUACAUGAUUGCCCAUUACCUGAGCACACACCAUUGUGAUUGCCUCACACUGAGUAGGAUUUACUUUACCUAAAUUUCAAUAAUCAGAUUUUAAUAUAUAUUAUAAUUAGUAAAAACCAAGUUCAUUAUAAAUAGGCACCAGGCAUAAUACUGCUCCCAGGUUCAUUUUCUGGUAGUGAUAAUUCACCAAGACCACUUCUAGGUCCGGAUGCAAGGAAUCUUAUGUCAUUAGCAAUCUUCAUUAAACUGCAAGCAAGCACAUUUAAUGCACCUGAUACUUCAACCAUAGCGUCAUGGGCAGCUAGUGAUUCAAAGAAAUUUGGAGAUUUUUUAAAUGGCAACUUAGUUAAUUCGCUUAUCUUAUCAGCACACUUUUCAGCAAACCCAACUCUUGUGUUCAAGCCAGUUCCAACAGCUGUACCACCCAAUCCCAAUUCGUAAAGAUGUGGUAGAGUAUUUUCAACUCUUUUAAUACCAUUAUAAAGCUGUCUAACGUAUCCACUGAAUUCUUGUUCUAAAGUCAAUGGUGUAGCAUCC